GGGACUGAAGAUAUAGCUAAACUGAUAACAUAUUUGCCUAGCAUAUGUUUUAAAGAUUUAUUUAUUUUAUGUAUAUGAACACUGCUUUCAUGCACAUCAGAAGAGGGAACCAGAUUCCAUUACAGGUGGUUGUGAGCCACCCUGUGGAUGCUGGGAAUUGAACUCAGGACCUCUGGAAAAACAGCCAGUGCUCUUAACCUAUGAGCCUUCUCUCCAGCCCUAGGAUUUUUUUUUUUUUUAAGACAAGAUCUCUGUGAAGCUCAGGGUGGCCUUGAACUUGUUCUGUACCUGAGGAUGACUCCAGAUCCUCUUGCCAAAUCCCUGAGGGCUGGAAUGACAGGUGUGCACAACCACACCUCCACAACUGUGGUUUAUAAGCUGUUUUCAAGUCUGAGCCUGCUCCAGAAUGGAGUGCAGGUAUGCAGGUACUCUUCCCACCACCUCCCUUUCUCUUUCAUGCUACCAUAGCCCUGACUCCCUCAUCUGCCAACCUGAGCCUGCUCUCAACCCUUUAGGUGACCUGUUUCUUUAAGAACACCCCACCCUUUCCCCGACCCACCAAGGUCCGCCCAGUCAGGCCGGAUUUCCUGUCCAAGCCCUGCCCUCUAAAGUCAUCACCACAACUUUCUGGCCUGCUGUGUACAGAGACUAGAGGCACUGAGGGACCAGAAGGGAUCUCGGGUGCUGAAAGAGCUGCUUGGAGAUGCUUCUCCUGCUCCUGCUGCUGCUGCUGCUGUUGCUGCUGCCCCCGCUGGCCAUGCUCUGGCAGCAGAGGUCUCGGGAUGCCAGGCCAUCCUGGCUGCUCGGCCUCCAGCACCGGAUGGCCUGGGGGGCGCUGGGCUUGGCAGCUGCCUGGCAGCAGCGGAAACUGAAGCAGAGGACACUGUGUGUGGACCAGAGCCAGCAGCAGGCCCUUAUGUGGUGUCUGAAGAGAGCUCGGGGUCUCUGCUCUCUCCCCAAGGAGAACAGAGACAUGAGCUCCUUCCGGAAUCAUCUCCCAUUGACCAAAAGCAGCCACAUCCAGGAGGAAGAAAGUGAAGAGAAGCUCCUGCCCCCUACCCUACCCCAAUACCAUGGAGAGGCCUCUUUGCAGGCCACCCUGCUGGGUCUAGUAACCCUAAACAAGGCCUACCCAGAAGUGCUAGCUCCAGGAAGUACUGCCUGUGUGACCCCUACAUCCCCCUGGCCCUACUCUGUGCCCUGGCUCGGGGAUGCCCUGGGCCGGGUGAGCCCUGUGGGAGCCAAGGACGCCCGGACCCUGCUGCUGGAGGCACUGAUAUCCCCAGGGCUGAGGGUGCUGGAGGCAAGGACUGCAGUGGAGCUCCUGGAUGUCUUUGUGGGCCUGGAGGCUGACGGCAAAGAACUGGCGGAGGCCAUGGCAGCUGGGGAGCUAGGAACGCCGCUCCCCGGACGAGCAGCUGAACUGCAGGAGGCCCUCGAGCAGGGACCCCGAGGACUGGCCCUUCGUCUCUGGCCAAAGCUGCAGGUGGCGGUGACUCUCGAUGCAGGAGGCCAAGCAGAAGCUGUGGCUGCCCUUCGGGCCUUGUGGUGCCAGGGGCUAGCUUUCUUCUCCCCUGCUUAUGCUGCUGCUGGAGGGGUGAUGGCCCUAAACCUGUGGCCAGAGCAACCCCAAGGGGUCUAUCUUCUGCCCCCUGAACCCCCCUUUAUUGAGCUGCUUCCAAUCAAGGAAGGAACCCGAGAGGAGGCAGCCUCCACCCUUCUUCUUACUGAUGCCCAAAGGGAAGGAGAGUAUGAGCUGGUGCUGACUGACCAUACCAACCUGACAAGGUGCCGCCUGGGUGACGUGGUACAGGUGGUUGGUGCCUACAAUCAGUGUCCUGUUGUCAGGUUCACCGGCAGGCUGGGACAGACCCUGAGUGUUCGAGGAGAAGUUACUGGUGAGAAUCUGUUCUCUGUGGCCCUGGCCCAAGCAGUGGGGCAGUGGCCAGGGGCCAAGCUGUUGGACCAUGUCUGUGUGGAGAGCAGCAUUCUGGACUCCUGUGAGGGUUCCGCCCCACACUACGAGGUGUUCGUGGAGCUGAGGGGGUUGAGGAAUCUAUCCGAAGAAAACCGAGACAAGCUUGACCACUGCCUUCAGGAUACCUCCCCUCACUACAAGUCCUUGCGGUUUCGGGGCAGUGUGGGUCCUGCCAGAGUCCAUCUGGUGGGGCCAGGGAGCUUCAAAGAACUCCGGGAAGCACUUUCGGCCAGCCCCUCCUCUCCUUUCCCUCCUGAAAUGCCUCGGGUUCUCAGGCUCAGGCACUUGGCCCAGCUCCUGCAGAAGAGGGUGAUAUCCUAACCAGGGCAGCCAGGCUCCCCUUGGCCACCUCACUGUUCUCUGGGGCAUCUCUGGAUGUUGAGUCCUGGACCAGACAUCACAUAAUAUUGGCCCAUCAGAGCCAUUGGAUCUUAGGAAGGCCUUAGAUUCAUUUGGCAAGUUUUAAGGUGCAGGCUUUGGGCCUACAGCAGAACCUGUCUGUGUCCUAAAGCUGUCCCCCUCAGCCUACCCUACAUGAUGCUGCUGAGGAGUUCCGAUGCACCCUGGUGGCUUGCUGUGUCUCAGCCCCUCUCGUGUGCCUGACCAGGGUACAGCAUGGGCUGAAAGUGUAGGGGAUGCUCCAGGAGCAGAUGAAUAAAGACCUCAGCAUCACUGUCUCAUGGUCUGAGGUCUUGCACAGUCUCCUGAGAGCAUGAGGCUGCAAGCCCACAGGAACAGUCCAGUGUUUAAUACUCACACUAGCUUUCGCCCCUUCCUUCCAUCCUUUCCCUUGCCCACUUUGUCCUUUUGCUCCCUGGACCAACCUCCAAAUAAAAUUCUUUUUUAAA